AACCAAUGACAUCUAAAAAUUCUACUUCACCAUCGGUGGAAUCUACCCCCAUCGCUGCUCAUAAACGGAAUUCGGAUGAUAUUGGUUAGGAAUAUGGAUUUUGCCCGGAUAAAAAUAAGUUGGAUAAAUUAAAAUGUAACUUGUGUGGAAAAGUCGUUAGCGGGGGGAUUUCUAAAUUUAAACAACAUAUUGCUCAUGUGACGGGAAAUGUUUCUUCAUGUACAGACUCUACAAAAGUCGAUCAAUUGAGAAUUCGAAAUUAUCUUAACAAAGGGAAGUUAAAAAAGAUAGCUAAACGCACACAUGAUGAGUCCAUAAGAUUAGAGGUGAUGCAAGAAUUACAUGACAGUGUUGAUGUGGAUGAAAUAGAAGAUUUUUUUGGGGUCUAAAGCACCAAAUGUUAUAGGCCCCAUGGAUGACUUUGCAAACAAAAUAAACCCCGAAGAAGAUUUGAAGAAGGGAAAGGGAAAAAUUUUUGAUCUUAACAAUAUUGUUCGAAAAGAUAGAAUAUUAGCGUAUCAUAAAUUCAUUAGUAGGUGGGCAUAUAAAACUUCGAUUCGGUUUCAUGCAUUGGAAGAUGAUAGCUUCAAAAUGAUAUUGGAGGUUGUUGGCCAAUUUGGAACUGGGCUUCCACCUCCUACUAGAUAUUCUUUGAGCGACCCACUUCUAAAGCUUGAGGUUGAAAGAACGAAGAUUUUGUUGAAAAGAAAUGAAGAAGAAUGGAAAGAGAUUGGAUGCUCGAUCAUGACAGAUUCUUGGUCCGAUAGGAAGAGAAAGAGCAUUAUGAAAUUAUGUGUAAAUUUAAAAAUGGGUACCGUGUUUUUAUCAUCCAAAGAAAGUUCAAGUGAAGCACAUACAAGCCAACACAUAUAUGAUUAUGUGGAAUAUUGCAUUCAACAAGUUGGUCCCGAGCAUGUUGUUCAAGUUGUGACCGAUAAUGCCACGAAUAACAUGAGAGCGGCGAAGUUACUAAAAGAGAAACGACCAACUAUUUUUUGGUAAUCAUGUGCAACACACACCAUUAACCUUAUGCUCAAAGGUAUUGGUAGACUUCCAAGGUUUAAGAAAGUCCUAGAUCAAGCAAAGAAACUAACCAUUUUCAUUUAUGCUCACCACAAAACCUUGGCUAUGAUGAGAAACUACACCAAGAAAAGGGAAAUUAUUCGACCGGGAGUCGUGAGAUUUGCUUCCGCCUUUCUAACAUUACAAAGCUUAUCUGAAAAGAAGGAGCAACUAAAACAUAUGUUCUCUAGCACCGAAUGGGAGGAAUGCAAAUUUUUCGGUACGCCUAAAGGGAGAGCCUCAUAUGGAAUGGUGACAAGUCUCCAAUUUUGGGCUCGUGUGACACAAUCUUAA